AUGAAACCUGAACCUUUGUUGGAACCUUCUACUGUUGAUACGCCUUCUGGUGUUCCUGUUAUUGCUUUUAGAGUCUAUAGAAAUUAUGUUGUUGUGAUUAAAGGUCGUGAGACCGUGGCUGAUUUGUAUAAACUUGAGAUAGUGUAUUUUGAUGUAAUUAUGGGGAUUCGUGAUGAUCAUGCUAAUCAUUCAAGAAUAACUUUGACAACACUUGAGGAGAACACGCUUUAUGCGAAAUUCUCAAAGUCUGAAUUUUGUCUUGAGUCUGUGGCUUUCUUGGGCCAUGUGGUGACUGGUAACGGUAUUAAAGUAGAUCCUCAGAAAAUUUCAGCGGUUAAGGAUUGUCCUAGACCAACUAGUGUGACUGAUAUUCGUAGUUUCUUGGGGUUGGCAAAUUAUUACAGAAAGUUUGUGGAAGGAAACGGUUCGCCAAAGAAGGUCAAGACUGCUGCUGAGAUCAGGCUUUCAGAAAAAUAUCUAGCCAUAAGGGCAACAAAGGGUUAA